GUAGGCUGAUGACAUCCUUGUAUAUCUUCUCCCCCCAUAGACUCCUGUGGACUGCUAUACCAAACUGUAUAUAUGUGCAUUACUGAAAGGUCUCUGUUCAUCCCUUGUACUAUGUCUGCAGUCUCUGGUCAUCUCCUGUACUGUGUCCGCAGUCUCUGGUCAUCUCCUGUACUAUGCCCGUAGUCCCUGGUCAUUCUCCUGUACUAUGCCCGUAGUCCCUGGUCAUUCUCCUGUACUAUGCCCCGUCUCAGUCUCUGGUCAUCUCCUGUACUAUGCCCGCAGUCUCUGCUCAUCCCCUGUACUACGUCUGCAGUCUCUGGUCAUCCCCUGUACUAUGUCUGCAGUCUCUGGUCAUCUCCUGUACUAUGUCCGCAGUCUCUGCUCAUCUCCUGUACUAUGUCCGCAGUCUCUGGUCAUCUCC